GGCCUUUCCCUCUCGCAUCCCAAACCAUUUCAAUCCAAGCUCUCCGCGGCCGUUUUCAUCCGAACAUGAAGAAAAAGGGUCUGUAGCAAGUCAUAUCCGUCAGAGCUCCGCUAGCGGAGCCCGAAGCGCCCUGGAUUCCCCUCGGCCCCGUGCCGUGCUCCCCCCACUCGCCUGUUACGUGAUGAUCUCGCCGUGGCAGCCUCCUCAGAGUCCCUCCCGGCCCUUUAAAUACCGCGUGGGGUUACGGGGCAGCUGGGGGAGGUUGGACUGGUGAGUUUUGGAGGUGCUUGUGCCGUGCUGGGUGAGGGGACACCCAGAGACCCAGGACCUGGGCUCACUCAGUCGCCUCUCUCCUCCGCUUGGCUCCGCGCCGGCCCGGUCCUAUCGCCUUACCCGCACUGAAGGGACACAAAAUGCCCUUCAAUGGCGAGAAGCAGUGUGUGGGCGAGGACCAGCCAAGCGAUUCAGACUCUUCCAGGUUCUCCGAAAGCAUGGCUUCCCUCAGUGACUAUGAGUACUCCAGGCAGAGUUUUACAAGCGACUCCUCCAGCAAAUCCAGCUCUCCUGCUUCAACAAGCCCUCCCAGGGUUGUGACAUUUGACGAAGUGAUGGCUACAGCAAGGAACUUCGCAGACAUGACUCUUGCCCACGAAAUUGCUGUAAAUGAGAACUUUCUAUUGAAACAAGAUGCCUUCCCUGAGAACAGCUUGGCCAGGCAAGUGAAGCACAUUGUCCACCAGGCCUUCUGGGAUGUCUUGGAAUCAGAACUGAAUGCUGAGCCUCCAGAGUAUGAACACGCCAUCAAACUGUUUGAAGAAAUCAGAGAGAUACUUCUCUCUUUUCUGACUCCUGGUGGCAACCGGCUUCGCAACCAGAUCUGUGAAGUUUUGGACACAGAGCUCAUUAGACAGCAGGCUGAGCACAGUGCUGUGGACAUCCAGGGCCUGGCCAGCUAUGUCAUCAGUACGAUGGGAAAGCUGUGUGCUCCCGUGAGAGAUGAUGACAUCCGAGAGUUGAAGGCUACUGGCAACAUUGUAGAGGUGCUGAGACAAAUAUUUCAUGUCCUGGACCUCAUGAAAAUGGACAUGGUCAAUUUUACAAUUAAGAGUCUUAGACCACAUCUUCAACGCCAGUUGGUGGAUUAUGAGAGAAACAAGUUCCAGGAAAUAUUAGAAGAAACGCCAAGUGCUCUUGAUCAAACUACAGAAUGGAUAAAAGAAUCUGUAAAUGAAGAAUUACUUUCUCUUUCUGAGACUGCUUUAACUCCUGGGGCUGCAAACAGCUCCAGGCCAAGCCUCAGGCCCACACUGGUGCUAAAUAACUGCUAUUUGAAACUGCUGCAGUGGGAUUAUCAGAAAAAAGAAUUACCAGAGACAUUGAUGACAGAUGGAGCGCGUCUUCAGGAACUGACAGAAAAGCUUAAUCAAUUGAAAAUCAUUGCCUGCCUGUCUGUAAUUACCAACAGCAUCGUGGGUUCUGUCACCGAAGGCCUGCCUGAGUUUGCAAACAGGUUAAAAAGGAUUUCAACCGUUCUACUUGAAGGCAUGCACAAAGAGACCUUUAACUUGAAGGAAGUUCUGAAUUCUAUUGGUGUUCAGACUUGUGUUGAGGUUAACAAGACCCUGAUGGAGAGAGGCUUACCCACUUUAAACACUGACGUUCAAGCUAACCUUGUAGGUCAAUUUUCAAGCAUCGAAGAGGAGGAUAAUCCUAUCCGGUCCUUGAUUGAUAAACGAAUCCAGCUAUACUUGAAGAGCCUACUUUGUCUUCCAAGCCCUCAAAAAUGCAUGCCUCCUGUGCCUGGAGGCCUUGCUGUCAUUCAGCAGGAGCUGGAAGGGUUAGGCUGUCAAUAUGCAAACAUUGUGAAUUUCAACAAACAAGUGUAUGGACCAUUUUAUGCAAAUAUACUUCGAAAGCUGCUCUUCGGUGAGGAAGCCCCGGGGAAGGCGGACGCCUCAUCUCCUGCUAACUGAAGAGGAACUGACUGACUUUGGACAAGAGAUUGGAAAUCCAGCCCUUGGGUACCGAGCCUGUUUCCAUCCAUGGCAUUACAGAUGUGGCUCAUUGUCAGUCCUGUCCGUGGUGCAGUGUUAGCCCGAGUCUGUGUAACCCAGUAAUGGUAGCUUUGCAGAAGACACGCUCAUCACAUAGACCCAUUCAUGCAUCAUUUUCAAGUUCAGAAGAGAUGUUUUUCAUGAACAGAAAGCAAUUUGUAAUCAAUUUAUUACCUAUAUAAUACUUAUAAAUGUUUUCUUAAGCAUUUAUAUCUGGCUUAUCAUUCAACCCUUAAGGAGUUGUAUUUCCUCACUUGUCACUAUCAAAUUGAAUGGUUUUUAAUUUUUGGUACAACUUAAAGGAUUCAGAGUUGUGAGAAUAAUGAAGGGGAUUGGUAUUCUGAUACAUGAUGUGAAGUAAGCAUAAUUGUAUUUGAAAUGUACAAUGAAAUUUUAUUAAUGUGUAACAAAAACUUACAUAGUAAGUCCUAAAAUUCUACAGAGGUAGCUAUUCACAUUUUAUAAUACCAAUUGUCAGUAUUUGUGUAGAAUUUAAAGUUAUUAAAUCUCUUUUAAAGCUUUAUGCAAAUUUUAGAUAAAACCUCCCUUGUUCAUUUAGUGAAAAUAGAAACAAAUGCCUUCUAAAAGUUUAUUCUGGAGGUUGGUUUAUUCUUGCAAUUUAGCCUGCUCUCUGAGAGAAACAAUUUUUGCACAAAUCUCUUAGUGAAUGUCUUUGCAUUUCUCAGGCCAUUGGUAAGGAUUAUAUAAGAUUUUAACAUUGGAUUGUCAGAAAAGUCAUGACGUAUUUUUUCUGUUUUUCUUUGCAAAAAUGUGUCACGACUUUUCCGACAUCCCAGUAUUUUUACAUAAGGCAGAUGGUUUGAAUUGGUUUACUUGUAAGAAGGGAAGUUAACAAUAAAACAAGAUGCCCAGGAGAUCCCUAUUCUCCGUUCACAAAAAAGAAAUAGUUCAACUUUGGGUUUUCUUAACCAUGUAACUUGCCAGCAGAUGCUUGCUGUGCUGAUUAUAUUCUUACCCUGCUAUGACCAAGGUGCUCUUCUAAGUAUUGUUAUCAUUUGACAUUCUUGAGCAUUAAAUCCAACUUUGCCAAGUUGGCACUAGUUGUCAUUGGCUAUUAGAGAAUUCUGCCUGUCCUGGAAUUACAUGCUUCUUUUAAAGUAUAAAGGGAAGCACUACAGUUUGGGUGAACUCAGUCCAGAAAAUGCUUUAUUUACAUAAAACACAUUUUUGAUGGUUUCGUAAGGACUCAUUGGACCUUAGUAGGUUGGGAGGGAAGAGUGGAUAGGAGGUCAAAAGGAGUUCUCUCUUUUCUUCCUCACCCCUUUUCCUUACCACCACCUCCACCAUCAUGGUGCUACUCCUUUAUUUGACAAAGUUCUAGGAAAGGAGUGUGUGAAUAGAUUAUCUCCACUCUUCACAUUUUGGAGGGAUCUGCCAAAACUUGAGGAAAUUUUGGAAGUCAGUUUUUUUUUUUUCUCUCUCAGUGACCAAUACAGAAAUCAGCCUUUCUGUCCAUUGAAACAGCUGUAUAUAAGUGGAAAUUGACUGAACGGCACAUUAGGCUAACCCAUUUCUUCCCUCUUCCUGUGCUUCCACGCUGCCCAUGCUUAGAAACCAUUAGGUGCUGAAGGCUUGUUUUCAUUUUCUCUUAAAUUGAAGUCUUUUUUCAACUGGGUUCACUUUGGGGCAUGGGUGGCAGGGAGGGUCUGACAUAGAAAAGUAGUGUGAUUUUUUUGUUGUUGUCGCUUUCUGGGGUGAACUGUAUACUGAACAGGAAGACCAGGUGCACUUUUUAAUUAUCAGAUUGGAGUCCAGCUGGUAGUCUUAUAUACUUGAUUAUACUGCAGUUGCCAGCAGGAAAACAAUGUACUUUUUUUUUUAAAUGAAGGGCAUUCUGCUUUUUUUCUUUCUUUAAGUGGCAAAGUAAAUCUCAGUGUCUCAAAUCUGGAUUUAGGCAGCUGCAUUUAUCAGGAUUUUAAAAUCAUAUCACUUAGCAUGUUGUUUAUUUGGUUUUUAUCUAAAUGUUUACUUCUACUUUUAGGGUUUUGUUAACAUGGUCUUGUUUUGUGACGUCAAUUUUAUUAAACACCAUACACACAUUUUCAUUCUUCUACUGCUAAACCAUGUAUUGUGUGCACUGUUUAAUUUUAAACAUUAAACAUUAUUUCAGCAUG